AUGACCAUGGGGAAUGAAACAGCUAUCAGCUAUUUUGUUCUGUCCAGCGUUUCCAGUGACCCACAGCUCCAGCCUUUCCUUUUUGUGGUGUUUCUACUCAUAUACCUACUAACUGUGCUAGGGAAUGGGGUGAUCAUGGUGGUGAUAAGAGCUGAUAUUCGCCUUCACACCCCAAUGUAUUUUUUCCUAUUCCAUUUAUCCUUAUUGGACAUUUGCUAUUCUUCUAUCAUUGUCCCAAAGAUUCUGCAAAAUUUGAUGGCAGAAAAGAAAAUCAUUUCUCUCCAUGACUGCCUUGCCCAGAUGACCUUAAUUAUUCUGGUGGCCAUUACAGAACUUUUCAUGCUCUCAGCAAUGGCCUAUGAUCGCUAUGCUGCCAUCUGUGACCCACUGCAUUAUGUGGGGACCAUAAAUAAGCAAGUACGCAUAAGGCUGGUGGGUGGUGCAUGGCUGAUUGGCACAAUAUAUGCACUGACCAACACUUUUCCUGUGUUACAUUUACAUUUCUGUGGCCCCAAGGAACUGAACCACUUCAGUUGUGAGGUCCCAUCUCUACUAGAAAGGUCCUGCACAGACACCUCCAUUAAUAGCAUGAUAUUUCUCGUUUCAACUAUGUUUGUGUUUCUCACGUCAUUCCCCAUCACCCUGGUCUCUUACAUCUGCAUCAUCUCCGCCAUCCUCAGGAUACGCUCUGCUGAGGGUAGGUGGAAAGCAUUCUCUACCUGCAGCUCCCACCUCACUGUGGUUGUUCUGUAUAAUGGGUCUGGUUUGUUUCGGUAUCUGAGACCCAAAUCAAUCUCUUCAGUGGUUCUUGACACAUUCGUCUCCAUGCAGUAUGGUAUCAUAACUCCCAUGUUAAAUCCUCUCAUCUACAGCCUGAGAAACAAGGAUGUAAAGGCAGCUCUGGGGAAUAUACUGGGGAAAACACAAAGCACAUGA